GAAAUGGAGCAUGGCACAAUGCUUAAACAAAAAGUUAGCCCUGUUGGAGAAGAAGCCAUGGGUCCAUCACCAAAGAAAAGGUACACUGAGGAAGAGGACACGGUGUCACAUAAAUCCCUUGAAGCUUCUGUCAAGGUGAAGGAAGAAGUGGAAGACCCUGAGGAAAUGGAGCAUGGCACCAUGCUUAAACAAAAAGUUAGCCCUGUUGGAGAAGAAGCCAUGGGUCCAUCACCAAAGAAAGAGUACACUGAGGACGAGGACAAGGUGUCACAUAAAUCCCUUGGAGAUUCUGUCAAGGUGAAGGAAGAAGUGGAAGACCCUGAUGAAAUGGAGCAUGGCACCAUGCUUAAACAAAAAGUUAGCCCUGUUGGAGAAGAAGCCAUGGGUCCAUCACCAAAGAAAGAGUACACUGAGGACGAAGACACGGUGUCACAUAAAUCCCUUGGAGCUUCUGUCAAGGUGAAGGAAGAAGUGGAAGACCCUGAGGAAAUGGAGCAUGGCACCAUGCUUAAACAAAAAGUUAGCCCUGUUGGAGAAGAAGCCAUGGGUCUAUCACCAAAGAAAGAGUACACUGAGGACGAGGACACGGUGUCACAUAAAUCCCUUGGAGCUUCUGUCAAGGUGAAGGAAGAAGUGGAAGACCCUGAGGAAAUGGAGCAUGGCACCAUGCUUAAACAAAAAGUUAGCCCUGUUGGAGAAGAAGCCAUGGGUCCAUCACCAAAGAAAGAGUACACUGAGGACGAGGACAAGGUGUCACAUAAAUCCCUUGGAGCUUCUGUCAAGGUGAAGGAAGAAGUGGAAGACCCUGAGGAAAUGGAGCAUGGCACCAUGCUUAAACAAAAAGUUAGCCCUGUUGGAGAAGAAGCCAUGGGUCCAUCACCAAAGAAAGAGUACACUGAGGACGAGGACAAGGUGUCACAUAAAUCCCUUGGAGCUUCUGUCAAGGUGAAGGAAGAAGUGGAAGACCCUGAUGAAAUGGAGCAUGGCACCAUGCUUAAACAAAAAGUUAGCCCUUUUGGAGAAGCCAUGGGUCCAUCACCAAAGAAAGAGUACACUGAGGACGAGGACAAGGUGUCACAUAAAUCCCUUGGAGCUUCUGUCAAGGUGAAGGAAGAAGAUGCUACUGACAACCAGGGAGCCCAGGUGGGGAUGGCAGAGGGUGAUUCCAAGUCACCUACAGUCCAUCUGCAAAAAUUUGAUGGAAAACAGCUGAAGUCUGAGGCAGAAGAUGCCGUGCUCCCCAGUCCACAAGGUUCUCUGCCUGGUGACGCUCUUCAGGGCAAAGAGGAUGAUAAGGUCUCAGCUGCAGGGCAAAGUCUCAGCCUUGACCACUCUGCAAGCACUGCUAAUGCAUCAGCAGCACGUUCACUGUCAGCUAGCUGCUUCGUGGUCCCACUGAGCACAGAUGAUGCUAAUCAUGAAAUAAAAUAUGCCCUGAUGGCAGAAAUCCGACGCUAUGGACGACAUUAUGGAAGGAUUUUUGAGCUGCUUGAAGAAGUGCAGGGACCCCUGGAAGUCCAGAUACAGUUUGUUAAGUUCGCCAUCAAGGAAGCAGCAAGGUUUAAAAGAUACCACUUAAUAAGUUAUCUCGACGAGAUGCUGGACAAAUUAAUGUCAGAAAGCACUAUCAGGAGCAAUGAUCUAAACCUAAGUGCAUGAUCCUGUUAUUACUGUGGUCAGCAAGAUAAAAGAGAUAGUUUAGUGUGUUCCAGAAAGUACUAGGAGGAUGCUGAAGUCUCCUUGCGUAUGUUAGCUAAGAUAAUGACUUCUGAGAAAACUGUCUUAAACUACUCUUAAUAAAGAUGGGCUUUCU